AUGUGCAGCCAGCUGGGCGGCCAGGCGCAUGCGCAGAGCGGCAGAGGGGACAGCCCAGAAGGCGGGCGCGAGGAUGACGUCGACGCGCAGCGGCAGAAGAAGAAGCGCAAUCGGCGCAUGCGCUUGCCCAAGGACUUUGACUGGAACGAUGUGUAG